GCUCCCCCAUCAGAGCUGUCCUACUGCAGCACUGCAUCGCUGUGGCACUUCCCCCUAUCGGUGACGUCACCUCUGAUACCUCAUCCAGGGGGUGUGUCCAGCAGAAAUCCCCAGCCAGGCUCGGAUGUAGCUGCAGCUCUGCGAGAGAGGGAGAGGCAGAGGCAGGAAGGAGGGAGGAAGAGUUUCAACACACCGCAGAGGGAGUACAGCCAUGGGGAACGCACAGGACAAACCCCCAGGCAGCGGAGGAGGGGGAGGUAGAUCGGAUCAGGCCACAGCAGGGAGCGGGACGAGAAGCCGGAGUGGAGGCAACGCGGAAAAGACCUACAAAGCUCCGGGGAAGGGGGUGGUUAACGGCUCCCAGAGGGAAAACAGCCCUGCUGGUGGACAGCAGGACAACCCUGCAGUGGACACAAGUUAUCUGGACGCCCCUGCUGGAGCCCUACCCCCUCACCUGGCCCGGUUCAAGAACGCAGGGAACCACCUCUUCAAAAAUGGACAGUUUGGUGACGCCUUGGAGAAGUACACACAGGCCAUCGAUGGAUGUACUGAAGCAGGAAUCGAUAGUCCAGAAGACUUGUGUAUCCUCUACUCGAACAGGGCAGCCUGUUUCCUGAAGGAUGGAAACAGCACAGAAUGCAUACAGGAUUGUACCAAGGCUUUGGAGCUGCAACCCUAUUCCUUGAAGCCCCUGCUACGCAGAGCUAUGGCCUAUGAGUCACUGGAGCGCUACAAAAAGGCCUACGUGGAUUAUAAGACGGUCCUGCAGAUAGACACCGGGGUGCAGGCGGCUCAUGACAGCGUCCACAGGAUCACCAAGAUGCUUAUUGAUGAGGAAGGACCCCAGUGGAGAGAGAAUCUUCCAGAGAUUCCCAGCGUCCCUCUGUCCGUCCAGCAGCAACACAGAGACAAACCAGUCAGCGCUGAAGUAGCUCAAGCCCGAGCCGCCAGAGCAGCGCAGGAGGAGGCCACAAAAAAAGAGGCCAGGUUCACUUUACUAAAACGUGAAGGCAACGAUCUGGUGAAGAAAGGAACCUUCGAGAAGGCUCUGGAGAAGUACACUGAAUGUCUUGCUUUAAAACCGGACGAAUGUGCUCUCUACACAAACAGGAGCAUUUGCUUCCUGAAACUGAAUCGUUUUGAAGAGGCCAAACAGGACUGCGACUCCGCGCUGCAGCGGGAGCCGGGCAACAAGAAAGCCUUCUACAGACGAGCGCUGGCUUAUAAGGGUUUACAGGAUUACCUGUCUGCCAGCAGCGAUCUCCAGGAAGUCCUCCAGCUGGACCCCAAUGUCCGGGAGGCUGAGCUGGAGCUGGAGGAGGUGACGGGUCUGCUGAGACAGAGCCUGAUAGAAAGCAGCGCACACACCCCACGGGUUUGAUUUUUGUGGACAAGUCUGGAGGCAGAGGAAGUUAACAGGUUUACUGAACUGAUGCAGUUAUGGAGGAAAAGGACUCUUUAAAGCCAUCGACUGCAGUAAGUAACACCUGUAAAAAUGGAAAUGACUGGCGACGAAUCCUGGGACAACCAGCUUUUCUGUUCUGCACCAUCUGCAAUCUGUGCAAACUGCACCAUAACUCCUGAGUACACAACCUUACAUAACAGGCAGCUUUAUUAAAAAAAGGCUAAAGUCGAGGCACCCUUGACCUGCUUGCACUAUAAAUCAUUCACAUUAUGAUGUAAUGUACUGUUCAUACAGUCAUGUUUUAUGGUGGAGUAGCACGGGGGAAAGUGAGUGUAAUAUGUGUGCCUUAUUGAGAUUUCUUCCGCAGUUUGGUUGAAAUACGCCAAGAUUUGUUCUCUGAUUUGUUUUUAAAGAUAUUGUGUUUGCUUGCAAAAUUGGUUCUCUGAGCUCAUGACGAAAGCACCGUAACUGAUUCAACUCGACUGUGUUGUAUAUGUAGAUAAGCAACUCCCUAAAAGAUUUAAAGAGUGAACAAAAAGUAUUUUCUUGUAUGUAUCCGGCUCUUCCAGCUCUUCCAGCUAUUUCAAGACAUUUGUCGUUGUUUACAUGUACUUUCAGCUGCUAUUUACUAAAGCCAACCUUUCCUCUGAAACAAUAUCUACAGGUGUUAAAACUUUAAUUUAGGAUGGUAAAAUUAUAAUUUCCUACAGUUAGAAUAUCCCCACAGCUCAGUUAAUCAGUUAUUGUUAAUAAUCAUUUGUCACUUCCUUGGUUUAGGUAAUAUUCUGCAACAGCGUUACUUAAUCCUGUACUGUAAAACUUAUUGUGGGUCUCAGGUUUCAUCUUGAAUGUAACCAAGAUGAUGCGUGUUGUGUGAAUAGGUGUACCGUAUUUAUGUUUGGAAAGUUUCUUUAUCAGAGCAUUAUAGUUUUAUUAAUGACUCAUAACUCCUUACCCUUUGAUCUGAUUAUAGAAUCCCUCAUACAUCUGCAGUGGGGUGAAUUGCAAUUCGAUAUGACCCAAAGCAGUCCAGUGUUAAAAAACGGAAACAGCUUGUAGUCUGGAUUCUCUAUUGUCGGAUUGAAGUCUCUUAACUGAAAGUAUUUGGCAUGCUGAAGGUAAACUGCCCAGUAACAGGCCCCGCAGCCACGAUCAACAAACAGGUGUUUCUACUGGUUCUGCCUCAUUAGAGCUUCCCUCAGGUCUGUGUAAAGAAAGCGUUUGAUUGACCACUAUCUGUUUCUAUUGUUACAGCCGUGUGGGAAACACAAAUAACACUUGUGUACCUCGAAAUACCACCUUACACUAAAUGAUGGAGAUCAAGAACCGCAACUGUCUCUGCGGCAGUGACACUUUUGUGAAAGGCCAGUAUUACCUGUAUCGAAGGACAAAUUAGUCUCUUUUUUUUUUUGGAACUGCUGAUUCUCUUGCCCUCACUUCAAUAGGAGCCGAAGUCUUUUUAACCUAAUACCUAAAAACACCAGUGUAGGAGUGCAGGGCAUUUAAAUAUCUUUAUUUUGAACAUGGCAAACAAUGUAAAUCUUUGACUCGCACAAUGUGCCACAGCUUUUGUUUCAUUAAUACUUUGAUGUAUCCAUUUGGUUUGUCUGAUUUUAACUAUUCCCCCCCCCCUUGCGUUGUCUUAAUAAAAGCAUAAAAAAAACUCAACUAAAUGAAAACACUUGAUAUGAGGCUUGAAGUGUUGCUUUGUGGAAUGUAAGAGCAUGUACUGUAUGUAAAUAGUUUGGAUGCAAAUGUAAAUAAUAAACUGCUACAUGGAUGCUUUAAUGA